AUGAUGGACAAUGGUCAACCAGAUCCAAAGCGACCAAGAUUAGGACCCGGUCCUGCUUGGCCGAUCGAGCAGCCCAAUCAGCCCAACCCUUCCAGGGCCCUUCCUCCUUUACAACCUCCCUAUAAUAGCGGUCCAUUCUCUCGUCCCGAUUCUCAUGCCCACCCCCUCGAUAGACGACCUCCCCACCCCAACUUUCAAGAACAUCAAGACCCUCAUCGCCCUAACUCAGGACAUGCGCAUGUUUACCACAAUAUACAUAAUCAACACCCACCACCACCUCCCAUACCUUCAUACAAUGGACACAAUGGGCACAAUGGCCCUCGAGAACCCAUCGUGAAGCCGGACCCUUCAGAAGAACCUCCACAACACAGGCCACCACCGACAACCAAUGGCGCAGAUCAUCAUGUAAAUCUACCUUACGCUGAAGAAAGAGGAAGGCCUUUUCCACCAAGAUUCGAUCAACCUCCACCUCCGCAGCAUACUCCGCAACACACUCCGCAGAUGUAUAAUAAUAACCCCGCUCCUCCCAUGUAUCAACCUCAACCCCCACCUCCCUCUACAAGUCCGAUGACGACACCGACAUUCGAUGGGGCUAUGUCAAUGUAUGGCCCGCCACAAGGUCACCCCCAUCCUCCACCUCGGGAACAGUAUUCAGUCACACCUUAUUCUCAACCUGCAAAGCCUCGAAAAGCGCAACGCGCGGCUCAGGCAUGCGAUAGCUGUCGCAAUCUGAAGGCAAAAUGCGACGAAGGGCGACCGGCUUGUGGUAGUUGUAAAGAGAAAAAUUUCGAAUGCCAUUAUCGAGAUCCACCACCUAAACCAAUUGAUAAAGCUUCCACGGACAUCAUCGAGGCCUUGAUACGAUUGGAACACCGCAACGCAGAGUUAUUCAAUGUUUUGCAGACAGGUCUUGAAUCAUUGAACAAACGAGUGGACGAAUUACAGGAGAGAGUUGGAGCCGGCCGGCCUCUAUCAAGUAUCGAGGGGCACAUGAAAGAAGAAGGGAGAGACGAUGUUCAGUUACCUGAUGGUGAAUUCGGAACAUUUCAUGGCUCGAAUUCGAAUAUUCUUCAUGAUGCCACGCCCAUAGAUCCGCCAGUGGUAGGUCCAGUACAGCCACUCGAAGGAUCCACUCCCGGUGCACUCGAGGAGGAGGAGGAAGGCGACCCUGUGCCGCCCGGGCAACCAUUAAUACCAGUGAAUCACACGACGGGCGCAGCCAGGCUUCUGCUAGUCCCUUCUGUAAAGCAAAUGAUAAAUGGUGGAGGGGGCUUACCCAAGAACGUGAAGGACGAAAAAUAUCCAAUGCUGCAAGAAGAACGACGUGGACUUCUAAGAUUAUUCGGAAGAGGAGAAGGAAUUGAUUUAGCUCAAGGCUAUGAUCGAGAUCCUAUGACGGAUCACGCCGAUUCUGUAGUCGAUACAAGUUCCGACGUCUCAUCUCCGGCUGGUGAAGAAUGGGGUCAAUUGGGUGGUAUGACGCCGCCAUCUAGUGCGCCAGAUUAUCCUCCACCAGUUGUAGGCAGUAUCAUGUCGGAUGGGAUGCCUGAUUUCCGAAAAAGUGUAGUUUUGGAAUUGGUCAAGAGUUACAAGGAGCAUAUGAAUAUUAUGCAUCCAAUUUUGAUACCGAGGCGGCUGGAUGCUCUGGUCGAGUCAUUUCUCAAAUCCAUUCCAUCAGAUUCCGCGAAGCCAAAGCAAGUUCAGAACUUGGCUUCACAACAUACCAGUCAUGCUGGUUUCGUGAAUAUGAAGCCUCCCGAGAGUCCAGGGAGCAAGCGGAAAAGAUCACCGGGAGUUGGAGAACCUCCAGAAAUCUCAGUUGCCGGUGGUUAUGGGACAUUCGUCAAGCCAGGCCAUCCAAGUCGGUCAAUCAGUACAGCUUUAGUGCUGGUGGUUUUAGCGCUCGGCAAGAUUUGUCAGGAACGACAGAAGAUUCCCGAGCUUCCUUCCGACAAGGAUGUUGAAAAUCCUUGGGGUCAUAUCAAUUCUCCAGUUGUACGAAAUGGCCAUCCAUCCCCUAUUCAAAGCUCUCCAACCCAAUCUUCAGAAUUACCAUCGCCUCAGGAAAAUAUUGAUCGAUUCUAUCCCCGCAGCCGAAGAACUUCGAUAGAAGGUGAUUCAUAUUUGGCAAGAAGUGGCUUCAGACCUAGGAAUGUCGAUGUUAUUCCCGGUUUGGCAUAUUUCGCACUGGCUACAGAUAUCAUUGGAAAUCAACUUGGAGGAAACAGUCUACAGCAUGUCCAUGUGAAUAUUUUAGCUGGUCUGUAUCACGGACAACUUGCAAGGGUUUUAGAAAGUCAUUCGUACAUUCAUCAGGCUUGUAGAGCUUUACAGGUUAUUUUGAGACCGAAACUGGAUCGCUUCAAAAAGUUAAAGCAAGAUGGGCUCCCCGUGCUGGCAAAGGACAACCCGCUAAUUUUCGCAUUCUGGACGUGCUUACAACUUGAAAGCGAUAUUGUAGCAGAAUUACCUUGCCCGCAUUCCGGCAUCCUUACAUUCGAAGAGAAUAUGCCAAGUCCAAAUAUCGUUGAAGCCGUGAAAGAAGGUUUCGAUCAGAUGGUUUUGUUGAGUUAUCAAGGCCAACUUUACCUACGCAAGCAUCUCAAUCAAUUGCACAAUAUGUUCUACAAACCUGAUAAUGACUCUCAAUUUCCUUCUGUAUACACCCGCCAUGAUCCCAACCAUUUCGAGUCAAUAGCCACCGCAGAAGAAUUUCUUUAUCGAUGGAAAGAAGCUGGAGGAACAAGUACCUGGCAAGAGAAUGACCCUCCAGCGAGUGACAUUCUCACAGCGCGAAUGAGAGCCAAGUACUACGGCGCUCAGGUCAUCACCUACAGGAAUUUCGUUUUGAAGAUCUUGGAACAUUCACAUGCGGUUUCAACCUCAAACUCUGUAGAACGCGCCUCAGAUGAUUUCCGAAAUGGUAUUGAGGUCCCGAGCAUCAAUAAACACGCGACAUCAGCAGAGGAAAUCGACGAGAAAGCAUUGGCUUAUGCAAAAAAUGGUAUCCAAGCACUUGUUAAUAGCACCAGGGCUUUUCAUGGUCUAGGCGAGGGUAGACUUUUCGUCACGAAUCCAUGGGGGACUGCACAUGCGCAAUGGGGCAAUGUGCUUACUCUCCAAGCAGCAUGGAACGACCAUAUCCUCCGACCAUUAUUCGACGGGAUUCUUGAUAAGCAAGGGCUCAGUGAUCUUCUUAAGAGAACUCUUAGUUUCCUUGGGAUCGUAGCAACACGAUCAUCGGCUCUCUAUACCGAUAUGAAAAUCCUGGUCAAUGCAGGAAAAUAUACUGGUCUACUUGAGAAAGACUAUCAGCUUCCGAAGAGUUUGCGUAAGAAACCGUUAAAGUUGAAGCAGGAGAAGUCGAACUUCUCGGAUGCUUCGAGUUGA